GUUUCCCUUCAUUGUAUUUCCCUUUCCCGUUUGUGGGAGAAGAGCCAUGAAGAACCGUUCCUCAUCUCCCCCUUUGCACGUCCAUGUGGAUGAAAACACCCCUGUCCAUGUCCAUAUUAAAAAGGGGCAGAAAACCACACCUGCACAAUGCCAGCAGAAGCAGAAACCAAGAAAAGGGGAUGGUGUGCGAGCCGUCCGGGUGAAAACUAAGGCCCCAUGGAUGCCCCCAGGCAAAGCACGUGCCCGUGAUACCACCUUGAAAUGGGAGGAAUCAAGUCAACGCCUCGAAGUCACACCAGAUUCCGAAAGAAUGCAGUCGGUGCUGCGCCUGAGCGACCUCUCCACGGACGACGACGAUGCCGCUUGCUCCAAAAUGAACAAGUAUGAAAAGAAGAUAGACAGCCUGAUGAACAUGGUGGGAACGCUGAAGAAAGAGGUCAAGCUGCAGAAAAUGGAGGAACAGGAUCAAAUGACAAAGCGUCUCCUGGAGGAGCAGAAGGAAGAGCUGAACGAGGUCACACAAGAACUGGUGGAAACAGAACACGAGAACACGCGGCUCAGGCGCAACAUCGAGCGCAUAAAGGAGGAGAAGGACCUGACUCUGCUACAGAAAGAGUGCUUGCAGCAGGAGAAGGAGUGUUUGAUGUCCAAGCUGAGUGAUGCAGAAAGAGAUGGAGCAGCAGCUGCCAGGCAGAUCCAUGCCCUGAAAAAUACCAUUGGGAGACUCAACAUUGAGAAACACAUGAGCACCACUGACAUUAGUGCUCUGACGAGACAAAAAGAGCUUCUGCUCCAGAAGUUGAGCACCUUUGAAGAAACCAACCGGACACUCCGAGAGCUCCUGGCAGAGCAGCAGAACCGGGAGAAAGAGAACCAGAAGAUCCUGGAUCGACAAGCAGUGCUGCUGAAAAGACUGGCUGAGUCAGAUGCAGAGAACAUGCAACUUCAAAUCAAGCUUCAGGAGAAAGAAAAAGAAGUGGACAGCCUCACCCUUCAGAUACAGGCAGAAAAGGAUCAGGCAAGGAAAGUUGCUGAACUCACCAAAACUUUGGAGAAUGUGAAAGCCCAUUUUCAAGCCCAGCUGCGAAGCAAAGAAUCUGAGAACAACCGUCUGGUUACACAUCUCCGGAAUCUGGAGCGCAAUGAAGCUCAGCUCAGGGCAGAUUUGGAACUUGUCAUGGACCAGCUGAAAGAGCUGAGGAAUAAGGGAGAUGCUGAUAAGGAGGCCCUGAAGAAAGCUGUCCGUGCACAGAAGGAGAGGGCGGAGCGGAGUGAGGAAUAUGUGCAGAAACUCACUGCCCAGCUGGCAGAAAAGGACAACUGUAUUGCUGAGGCCCGGUCCAAUCUCGAGUCCUGGAGGAACCGCUGCAACAAAGCAGUGAAGGACAAGGGUGACCUCGAAAUGGAAGUUGUUGGACUGAACAGCCGUGUUGCAGACUUGAUGGAACAACUGGCAAAACUGGAGGAAAAAAUGCGGGAUGACAGACAAAAUUUGAUGGAUAAACUGCAUCAACAGGCUGGAGAAGCCAAUUCUUUAAGAAAGGAUAAUGAAAGACUAAAGGCUGCUCUUGGCCCAAUGGAGGACAAAUUGAACCAAGCGCAGAUGGAAGUGCAGCAGCUCCAGAACGCUGUCAGGAACUACGAGGGGAUGAUUGAAUCCUACAAAGCACAGGCAUUGAAGGCCCGAGAGGAAGCGGAUGAACUGGCAGCAAGACUGGAGAGGGCUGAAAAAGAGAGAAAGGCAAUAAGGGACGAAAUGACCCAGGAGCUUGAACAGACACGGAAGAAGUUCCAGAGCCAGCUUGCUGAACUGGAGAAGCUGCCUGAGAUCCUGAAGUACACGGAGACACAGCUGGCACAGUGUCACGAGCAGCUCCAGAGUUACGAGAAGAAGAACACGGACCUGUGUGCCAUGAUUGCAGAUCUCCGUCAGCUGAUUGAGCUCCAGGGGGACAAAAUGGAGAUGACAAGAGAGAGAUAUCAGUCUGCCCAGGAGGAGAAAAAGCAACUCACCUUGAAGGUGGAGGAGCUAGAAAGAAAACUAGAGACCACGAAUGCCCAGAACAUAGAAUUCCUUCAGGUCAUAGCAAAGCGUGAGGAGUCGAUCCACCAGUGCCAGCUGCGGUUGGAGGAGAAGACCCGGGAGUGCAGCUCCUUGGCACGGCAGCUGGAGAUGGCCAUUGAUGAUGCCAAAAAACAAGUGGAACAAACUCGAGAACGAGCAGUCUCUAGGGAGAGGGCAACCCAGUCCAAGCUGUUGGAUUUGGAGACCCAGCUGAGUCGGACUAAAACGGACCUGAACCAGUUGCGUCGGAGCAAAGAGGAUGCCCAGCGCCGGUACGAAAGCCGCCUCCAGGACCUGAAGGAUCGGCUGGAGCAGUCGGAGAGCACCAACCGGAGCAUGCAGAACUAUGUCCAGUUCCUCAAGUCUUCCUAUGACAACGUUUUUAGGGAAGGUGCCGUGCUGAGCUUCCCCGGCCGCUCUCGCUCUCCUCUCUGAGGGCAACGCUCCCCUUGCACCUCUUCCAAGCACAGAAGGAAUGUUGUUUCAAAG